AUGCGGCGACCAUCCCUAGACCUCUCUGAGCCCUCGCGCAACCUCGAAGAGUCCAUGGGUACUCCAAUGUCAGAAACUCCCGACGCUGACGUCGACGUCGACGUCGACGGCGAUGUUGAUGUCGAUGUCGAUGUCGACGUCUCGUUGCUGCCUCUCGAAGACGAUUACAUCUACGCGCUGGACCUCCAAGUAGAUGGCGCACGCUCUCGAGUCUACACCCCUCCUCCCCACCUCGCCGCACGGUUCUAUCGCCCGUCCCAGUCGCGACGAAAGGACUCCGCCGCCUCCACACGCCGAAACUCAUUAUCCUCCCUACACUCUCUAUCCACCUCACUUGGCGCCACAAACUUGUCUGGCGGCCCGCAAAGCAAACAUGUCGCCAACCAUCAGCGCAGAGACGCCAUUCUCAAGGAUCGGCAAAAGCGGCUUGCUGACCGUGCCGCCCAUGUUGAGAAAGUGCGUUUACGCGCUGCGAGAGCAAAAGACCGGGUCAUAGUCAUAUCCGAAGAGAGGGCAGAGGCUGCUCGCCUGGCCCGCGAGCGUAACUUGAAAGAGAUCGCCGCCACAUGCGCCGAGGAAGUCAAGAGGGCCAAAGCUGUUGCCGAGGCCACCAGGGAGAAGCGGGAGCAGGAAACCCUCAAGAUGCGCCAACAGAUGCAAGAGCGUCAGGCCGAGGCUGAGCGGCGUCGUGAAGAGCUCCGAAGGCAGAAUCUCCGGGCCAGGGGUUCCAGCCUCAGCACCAGGAAGUCCGACGAGGGUUUGUCCCCCGUCAAAGAAGUCAAGGAGCUAGAAUCGAAGCCCCUGAGCCAAGAUGCUGCCGUAUGGAGGAUACAAAGCUGGUGGCGCGUCAUGACCAGGAGGAAGGUGGUUCAAGAAUUCACCCGACUCGCCCUGAAUGUUGAUGGGGUUAAGACGACAGGCUACGAUGAGGUUACGGAGAAGCUCGGGCAACUGAGUGUGGUUAUGGUCACCGCUCGCGUACUUGCCAUGUGUGGGCUACGAAACGGCGGGGUCGAUUCAGUUGAGCAAAUGAAGGCAGUCCGCUGCUUCCUCAGCGCAUAUCUCAUCUUGGGCCACCCUGCACAGGUUCUUAGUAAUACCUACGACAUAAUGCCACCGGAUCAGGGAACACCCGCGCAUCCUAUUCCUCGAGACAACCUUACGGAUCCCCAAUGUCAAGAGCUCGUGGCGCGGUCUCGGGAUUUGCUCAUCACCUUCGAGAACAUCAUGUCACGGCUGACAAGCUUCAACAACUACACCAUCCCGCCGGCUUUGACCCAAGCCCUUCCUCGAGUAUAUUCCCAGUUCGAAAACGCCUUCUUCACCUGGAAAGCGCGGGACAAGAAUGCGCUCGUCGACGGGAUGAUCGGGCAAUUAGUGGAGCUCGACGCUACUCUGGAUCAUGUCAAGGAAACGAGCGACCUCUCUGUUGUACAGCAAUAUCAAGAAAGCAUGAAACAAAAUCAGCUCAUGCUCAUUUCUCGAAUCAGCAAGCUGAUCGGCAGGGAACGGGGGCUAGAGAUCAUCAAAGAGGCCAGAUUGAGGGCGAAGAAGGCGCGAGCUGCCAACAAGAAGAGGCAAAAGGCCGACUUGAAGCCGCGAGUUGCUGAUCAGACGAUCACUACUGAGUCUGCGAUGGCUGACCUAGGCACUGCCAAGGGCCAUCCUCCCAGCCCAAGGAGCGAUGCCUCGAGCGUUUAUCCUACCCCGCCAUCCACUCCUGCAAGCAGACCGCAGGGCCCGAAACCCAUCAAGAAGGGCAUGCUUUUGCCAGACAAUCGGACCGUCGUCCACGAGCUUGCCAUAAACAAGGAGUAUCGCGUCGUUGCAGAUGAUUUCGUGGAGGCUGAAACAAAGGCGCUUCAACCUAUUCUUGGACAAAUGAGAGCGACGAUCCACGCGACAGAUGAGCACUCGCGCCAUGUGCAGUUCAAACUCCUCCUCAGAAUCGCCCAGCACAUCCGCGAGAAGCUACAACGCCUCCUCAAACCUGGCAAUUCCAUGCACAACUUCAUCGGCGAGCUGUUGGACAUCGACGAAUUCAAGGAACGAUUUCGAAACGGAUCGUUCUCGUACGAGCGCUUCUUCUCGUCCAUGGGGUCGUUGAUGCCAAAACUAUGUGCCCCUGUUCGGGACGACCAAGUGAAAGACCUGGUCGAGAAUAAACUUAGCCAAGGCAGCUACGUUGAUCGUCUGGAGGCUUUAAUCCUCUUCAUUGAUGUCAUGUUGAGUGACUAUGCCAAUCACCUUUUGCAGUUGGUGGGCCCUCAACUAUUGGAGCAUGCGCCCGAUUACGAGGCCAAGGCAUUUUCAAACGCAAUCGAUCAAGGCGAGCAUGGCCUAUUCGCCGCCGAAACAGCCUGGAGGGCAGCGAGGAGCAAGGUCAUGGCCGAGACAGCCCGACGUGAUCCUGAGAAUAUUAACCACCCAAAGAACCGGCCUACAGCAGAGAAAGUUUACGCUCAUAUGCUGGUUGACAUUUUCACACAGCCCAGUACUAUGCGCUACGGCCAAAUUCCAGAGAUGUUGCAGCUCGACUACAAGCGCAUCCGCAAGUAUGGCCACCUCACGCGCAAGAUGGUGACCACAGGCGGGAUUCUCCUGCAGUGCAAAAACCUCCUCAAACGCGACGUCCGCGCGCCGUGGAGGGUGGAGGCAGCUCGCAUCAUGAACGUCCUCGACCAUGCCGAUUCUCAAGAGACCGCUGUAGCCGGCAUCAUGGCAGCUCUCGAGGCCGGACGGUCGAUGCCGCCGACGACGAAGAGCCAUCUGCGUGGCUUCGUCGACAAGCUUGUGGCUGCCCACAAUGAACUUGCGACCACCCAGCAGCCGGACCCCAAUGAGACCUGGGAUCCGAACGAGCAUGACCCCAGCCAGCCGGUUCUGCGACUACUGCUGAAACGGUUGCGCGACCACAUCCUAGGGCGCAUCUCAGCGGGCAGCACGAGCGAGAAGGCCAAGGCUACGAGCAUCGCAGGUGAGAAGCUGGCGAGCUCUGGCAUGGUUGAAUUCGUGGAUCGCGUGAGGGACAUGGUCGACGAAAUGUCCAAGGUUGGCGCUGUCGACCGAGAAUCACACGGCUCAUGGUGGGAAAUCGUGUCCGAGAGGAUCGAGACACAGGCUGCCAAUGCUGCUGUUGCGGAGUCCAGGGCUUCUGCCACAUAG